AUGGAUGACUUGUAUUUCCAUUCAGCCUCUCAUCCCUUCCCAGAAAAAAAAAAAAAGAAGAAGCAAUCUUUCUUCUUUUCGGCCCUGUUUUGGUUGAGUAUGAUAGACUCUUUCACAGGCCCAGACCGCCAUUGUUGUUGAAAGCAGAGCUCAAAGGCAACUGACUGAAACAGAGGGUAAUAAUAUGUCUCAACACCCACCUCCAAUUCCAAGCAAUCUCCACAAGAAGCCCACAACAGCUUUACCUGAUUUUAUCCUCACUGCUCUUUCUCUCUUCCUUCUCGCUUCUUCCUCCAAACCCUCCGCCCAUCUCAUCCCUUUCCCACUGAAUCCCCGCCGAUUUCUCAGAAUUUCCACCAUGUCCCGCAGAAGCCCUAACCCUAACCUCCUCUUCGCUACGCCUCAGUCGCUCGCCGACUGGCUGAAGCCGCGAUUGCCGUCCGAUUCUUUCGCUGCCUGGGGCAUCAAACCGGGAACCAAGAACGUUCACAACCUCUGGCUUGAGCUGUCCGAGGGCGAGACCUCGCUCGCGGACUCCAAGCCCCCGGUCCGGAACGUCGAGGUCGUCAUCGUCCGCGUCAUCGGCAGCGGCGACAAAGUCCUCAUCGAGUCGCAUCAGGAGUUGUCCGACGGCGCCGUCCGGAGCCGGUGCCGGCCGCUCUCCGAGAAGAUGAGGCCCGGCGAGACCGUCGAAGCCGCCGUUGUCCGCGCGGUGAGGGAGGAGCUUGGUUCCAUAAUUGGGGCUUCCCUUAACAAUUCCGCCUACGAUGGCAUUGUCAAGAUCGUCCCCAAUUCGUAUAGAAAGAAGGUGGAAGAGAGGGUUUCGGUUUCCUACCCGGGCUUGCCGGCUUGUUACGUGCUACAUUCGGUUGAUGCCAGGGUGGACGGCUUGCCGGACGGCGAGUUCUCGACGGAGGAGGAGGCGGAGUAUGAGAAUUCGGAUCAAAACAAAGUUGCAGACUCGGCAGUUUCUUGCAUAAAGCAUUACUGGAAGUGGGUGGACGCUGAUUCGCUUUAAUUUUGAUCCCUCCUCCCCACUUGAGUUAAAUUUUGAUGAAUUCUCAUACUGCCAUAGUUACUUAUUAGUACAGAAGUAUCUCUGUUGACCUUUUUGUUUAGGCCAUGUAUCUCUGGGCAUCAAACCUAUAACUUACUGUAUGCAUUUGUAUAUCCUGACCAACAUGUGAAGUAAGAACCCUUUGAUUUUGAUGUCAUGAGAAUAAAGGUAUUCUUUACUUCAA